UUGGUUCAUCGGAGACCAGUUCACCACCACCAUGACACCAGGCACCCAGUCUCCUUUCUUCCUGCUCCUGAUCCUCACAGUGCUUACAGCUGCCACGGCCCCUGAACCCACAACAGUUGUUACAGGUUCUGGUCAUACAAGCUCUACCCCAGGCGGAGAAAAGGAGACUUCGGCUACCCAAAGAAGUUCAAUGUCCAUCUCUACUAAGAAUGCUGUGAGUAUGACCAGCAGUGUACUCUCCAGCCACAGCCCCGUUUCAGGCUCCUCCACCACUCAGGGACAGGAUGUCACCCCAGCCCUGGACAUGGAACCAGCCACAGGUUCGACUAUCACCUUGGGACGGGAUGUCACCUCGGCCCCGGACACCAGUGCAGCCCCGGGCUCCACCGCCCCCACAGCCCACGAUGUCACCUCGGCCCCGGACACCAGUGCAGCCCCGGGCUCCACCGCCCCCCCAGCCCACGAUGUCACCUCGGCCCCGGACACCAGUGCAGCCCCGGGCUCCACCGCCCCCCCAGCCCACGAUGUCACCUUGGCCCCGGAUGCCAGUGCAGCCCAGGGCUCCACCGCCCCCCCAGCCCACGAUGUCACCUCGGCCCCGGACACCAGUGCAGCCCCGCGCUCCACCGCCCCCCCAGCCCACGAUGUCACCUUGGCCCCGGAUGCCAGUGCAGUCCCGGGCUCCACCGCGCUCCCAGCCCACGAUGUCACCUCGGCCCCGGACACCAGGCCGGCCUUGGGCUCCACUGCUCCCCCAGCCCACGAUGUCACCUUGGCCUCAGGCUCUGCAUCAGGCUCAGCUUCCACUCUGGUGCACAACAGCACCUUUGCCAGGACUACCACCACCCCAGCCAGCAAGAGCACUCCAUUCUCAAUUCCCAGCCACCACUCUGAUACUCCUACCACCCUUGCCAGCCACAGCACCAAGACUGACGCCAGUAGCACUCACCAUAGCACAGUACCUCCUCUCACCUCCUCCAAUCACAGCACUUCUCCCCAGUUGUCUAUUGGGGUCUCUUUCUUUUUCCUGUCUUUUCACAUUUCAAACCUUCAGUUUAAUUCCUCUCUGGAAGAUCCCAGCACCAACUACUACCAACAGCUGCAGAGAGACAUUUCUGAAUUGUUUUUGCAGAUUUAUAAACAAGGGGAUUUUCUGGGCCUCUCCAAUAUUAAGUUCAGGCCAGGAUCUGUGGUGGUACAAUCGACUCUGGUCUUCCGAGAAGGUACCACCAAUGUCCACGACGUGGAGACACAGUUCAAUCAACGUAAAACGGAAGCAGCCUCUCGAUAUAACCUGAUGAUCUCAGACAUCAGCGUGCGUGAUGUGCCAUUUCCUUUCUCUGCCCAGUCCGGGGCUGGGGUGCCAGGUUGGGGCAUUGCGCUCCUGGUGCUGGUCUGUGUUCUGGUUGUGCUGGCCAUCGUCUAUUUCAUUGCCUUGGCUGUCUGUCAGUGCCGCCAAAAGAACUAUAGGCAGCUGGACAUCUUUCCCGCCCGGGAUGCCUACCAUCCUAUGAGCGAGUACCCCACCUACCACACCCAUGGGCGCUAUGUGCCCCCUGGCAGUACCAAUCGUAGCCCCUAUGAGGAGGUGAGAUUGGGCCCCACAGGCCGGGGGAGGCAGAGGCUUUGGCUGGGCAAGGAUUCUGAAGGGGGUACUUGGAAAACCCAAAGAGCUUGGAAGAGGUGAGAAGUGGCAUGAAGUGAGCAGAGGAGGACCUGGCAAGGAUGGGGGGGCAGAGGUCAGAGGAGUUCUGGGGGACAGGCCUGGGAGGAGACCAUGAAAGAAAGGGGCCCUCAAGAGGGAGUGGCCCCACUACCAGAAUUCCUAAAAGAGCAUUGGCUGUCCACAUUCAUGCUGGCUGGCCCUGGCUGAACUGGUGCCACCGCAGCAGUUUUGUUUUAUUUUGUUUUGGUUUUUUUGCACCCGGAGGCAAAAUGGGUAGAGCACUAUGCCCGGGGAGCCCUUCCUGAGGAGUCACAGGGGUGAGCCCCUGUGCCCCUAAUCAUCUCCUAGGAAUAGAGGGUAGACCGAGAAAGGCUGGUGUAGGGGGAGGUUUCCCAGGUAGAGGAAGAAGUGUCAGCAGACCAGUUGAGCCUGGGUGCCAGUGGGGUUCUUGGGAGCUUCAAGGAAGCAAGGAACCCUCCCUCCUUCCUCUCCUGGCUUUUCUCUGUGGCACCUAGUAAAUAAUUACUGCAGCCACCUGAGGGUGGAAAACCACUCCAGGUUGGGGAGGAGAGAGGAGUUUAUUUUUCUUGCUCCUAUUUUCCUCCUCCUGGAGACCUCCCUCUCUCAGUUUUACAAAGACACAGAUACACACACACACACGCACACACACACACACACCCCUACACACCUUCUUUGGCUGGAACAACAGAGAAUGGAGGGACAAAGUGGCUGAUUAGAGCCAAGGAGAGGAAGUGAAGGAGAGCAGAGGGAGGAGGGCAGCCCUGUUUACAGUCACCGGCUGGUGGGGUGGCAGGUGCUCUCUCUGAAUAAGCCCUUUGAGAGCUGGCCAGGACCCUGGACUGAUUACCCCAGCCUGGUGUGGCAUCCAGGGGCUCUAGGAGGUACCUUCUGCUCCUCACCCUGGAUCUCUUUUCCU